CGUCAUCAUAUAUAUAUAAACAUAUUUGCGUAUCUCUAUUCUCUCUCUCAACACGUUUCUUUGUUUCUUUCUCGGUUUCAGACAUAGCCAUUGUUGAAGCCUUUCUUCAUUUAUAGCGGUGUAGAUCAAGAAACAUGACAAACCGUCCGCAUGUUCCAAAGUUUGGGGACUGGAGCAACCAAGACCAGCCAUUCACGGUCGUCUUCGAUAACGCGAGGACGAACAAACGAGCAGACUUGUACGAAUCUCUAGAGAACUCAGAUAUCAAAACUCCUCCUCAACCUGCUCCUAGAAUUCCACGACCUGAACCACCAAAACCAGCUAGAGAGGGCACGCCAAGAGCACCUCCACCAACCGAGAGAAAUAAAGUCAGAGCUCCUCCUGCUGACCAGCUCUACGGCGGAGGCAGAGAUGGAGGCGGAUUAUACGGAGGUUAUGUAGGUGGAGGUGGAUCAGGAAACCGGCAUCCGCAAGCUCCUCCUCGUCCCGCACAGACACAGCCUAGACCCAAUCUUAGAGGCGGCAGCAACGGAAGGGGAGGGACGACGAUUCCACCAUUUCCAGGGUCAGUAGGUUCAGGGGAGAAUAUGAGUUACACACACAUUUUCGACCAAGUGAAAGAAGAGAGGCGUGAAGGUGCCAGACCCUACGGUGGAACAGCCGGAAACACUCCAUCUCGCCCCAUCAACAGUCAACAUGAAUCUCCCUCCCCAAACUCCUCCAAGGUACUACACAUAACCAUCUUAAAUAAUAUAUUUUGUGUAAUACUUCAAACACACAAUUGCUUUGCUAUCCAUAUCAUUGCAUAUUUUAUGUGUAUUAACGUGAAAGGAUGUGCGUAGGUCUGUUGUUUCCCAUGGGGCCGAAAGGGAAGUAAAUACUGAAGACAAUGAGUGGUUUUUGUUGUGAACAACGUUGGAGGAAUCACUACUAAAUACUAUAGUAGUGUGUUUUGGUUGUGUAGUUUAUCUUUGUUUAUCCAUUUCUCAAGAAAAAACUUGCGUAUGAAA